AUGAGCGAAACAGCAAAUUCUACGGACCGUGAUUCACUGAGGAACAAAACUUUUACGGCAUGUCGCGGUUUGUUCUUGGAGAUGCUGUAUUACAUAUCGCAGGAGGUGCACCCUGGCUUCGGGAUCCAGCGACAGGCUCUAGAUUACGUGGAGGAGCUGAUCAUUCGGCUUCUGCUGGAGAUUGUUGACAAGAAGCCGCACACCGUCAGCGAUGUGGCGCGCUACGUGGAGAGGACAUUUCCGAAACCGAUCAACCUCUGGGCAGUGACUGAGGCUCACGACUUGGUCAUGCGCAAUAACCGACUGAAGCAUCGCCAGACGAAGCUGCCUACGCCAAAGGUCCACUUGGCUCUCAGGGAUUAUCUGGGUUACAAGAUCGACUCACAGGUUAUUUCAUAUAUUACUGGAGUACUGGUAUACAUUGGAGCCGAUAUACUAAAGCUCACUGGAAAUUACAUAAAGAAUAUAAGGCACAAUGAAAUUACCUUACAAGACUUAAAAGUGGCAAUGAGGGCUGAUACUGUAAGUAUGUUAUAUGUUGUUUUGAUGGACCUGUUUUACCGCGAUGACGAAGAACCGUGGUCAGCGUCUCUCACCACAGAAGACUUGGUGUCGAAGCGUAUCAGCUCCUUGAGCUAUGAGCAGAUUGUGCGCGAUCUUGUACAUUGUGAAGUGCAGUUUUUGCGGGACGUGAAUAUGAUCGUCAGGGUUUUUCGACGUGCAUUGGUCGAUGUUUUGGACGAGAGAAGCCAAGAGAUUGAAGUGAUUUUCAGUAACAUUUUGGAUAUCCAAGAGUUUACUGCCCGUUUCCUUGGUUCAUUGGAGGACACGGUGGAGAUGUGUCGAGAGCUGGAAACUCCUUAUGUGGGAAAUUGUUUCUUGGAAAUGGCCGAGGGUAACGAGUUCGAAAUUUACUCAAGGUACGUCGAUGACAUUUUGUCUGACUCAUGCACCAGUACGUUGACAAUGGUUUUGCAACGUCCAAACGUAGUCAAUCAUUUAGAGUCACUUGGAAGUGGUUUCUACUUGGCCUACCGAUAUCUCCUCCCUAAGUUGUUGGUUGGUCCGAUCUUUCAUUGUCUAAAAAUUUUCGAAUAUUUAUCGGUAAGUUUCUUAACCAACUACAUUAAUGACUACACCGCGUGCUUACGAAUAUCUUGAAA